GAAAUAUGGAUGUACUGUACCUUUAAAAAAGAUUUAAGGUGUAUAAUGGCACCAUAAUUACCGUUUAGCACGAGCAUACUCCAUUCCAUAGGAGUGAUUAAAAAAUAUAAAUAAAUAAAUAAAUAAACCUGUUGCAAUUCUACUUGGUCUACCUUGUGAUUUCAGCUCGUGUGUGUGUGUGUGUGUGUGUGUGUGUGUGUGUGUGUGCGCGCGUAAAUUCCGUAGAGGAAAGUAGAAGAGAUAUGUUUGGCCACUUCAUGGCGUGCGGCUUUUAUCACGAGCUUUCACAAUCAAAGCGGAGAUUCCUUCUUCUCAAAACUUCUCAAGCUCCGCCCACUUCCUCAAACUUUACACGCUGAAAUGCACACACACACACACACACACAGACACUGUCGAGGGACAAGUGUUGUAACCCCAGUCUCCGGGAACUGUGAGGAUUGUAAAGCGGUGGAAUGCUGCACCGGAUCGCGGUUCUACUCCUGCCGGUGCUCGCGGUGAGCUGCGCGAGCGCUGCACGGCUUCCUCGCAGAGAGACGCUGAACGACCGGCCGCUGAUCGGUAUUUUGGCUCAGGAGGUUACAGACUCUGAGCUACGACCGUAUGGAGCAACCUACAUUCCCUCGUCUUAUGUGAAGUACAUCGAGUCAGGCGGAGCACAAGUGAUUCCCAUUCGACUGAAUCUGACCAGAGAAGAGCAUGAAAAACUCUUCCAGUCAAUCAAUGGCCUUAUUUUUAUCGGUGGUGCGGUGAAUCUGGAAACAUCUCACUUCGCACACACUGCUGGGAUUUACUUCAGACUCGCUCUUAAGGCCAACGAUGAGGGCGACUACUUCCCUAUCUGGGGAACGUGUCUGGGCUUCCAGCUCCUCACGGUACAGGUGGCUGGAGAGAACCUGCUGAGCAAAACCAUGGCAGACAACGUCUCAAUGCCCUUAAACCUCACCUCAGAGGCCCAGUCCAGCCGCAUGUUUGCGAGUUUUACUCCAGAGCUGUUCAAAGCGCUAUCAGAGGAACCGGUCACGGGAAAUUUCCACCAUUAUGGAGUGACAGAGCAGGUAUUUGUAGGAAAUAAGAAACUGAGUAGCUUCUUUACCAUAUUGUCUACGAACAAGGCGGAGAAUGGAGUUGUAUUCGUCUCGACCAUAGAAGGGAAGAAGUACCCGUUCUACGGCGUUCAGUGGCAUCCAGAAGUGAACUGUUUCCAGUGGAAUUCUCACUACAGUUUUCCUCAUUCUAAAAACGCUGUCCAUGUGUCCUCACUACUGUCCCAGCUUCUUGCGAAUGAAGGAAGGAGAAGCUCUCACCACUUCAGUCAGCUGGAGGAGGAGAGGCAAGCACUCAUAUACAACUAUAACCCUGUUUAUACAGCAAACUUCAGUGCAUACGAGCAAAUCUACUUCUUCUAAAUGAAAACCUCUUUCCAGUUCACACUCAGUCCUCAUACUCAUUUUUAUACAUGUAACUCUUCUUUUCUGGGUUGUAUUAAUCCAUUAGAGAUAUCAUGAUUUUUAUUUCAUUAUUAGUUUAUUUAAAACGCAGAAUGUUGUUAUGCCUUUGUAUGAAGAGAACAGGUGCUUUGCUUUUCACAUUCCUGCUCUGUUUUUUUUUUUUUUUUUUGAUUUGUUUUUUUUUGUUUGUUUGUUGUUUUUUUUUAUCAUUCAAAAGAAAACAGCGUUUAAUUUCCUGCUUUACCAGAAGAGGGCAGCAUUUAUCUUGCAAAGAGGAAUAAAAUGUACCUCAGUAACUCAUUGUACCUCACUCAAAUGUACCUCACUCAUCUCAGCAGCUAAUGGACAAAAAUACCUGCUAUCUAGUGUAUGGGCUCGAGGUAUAUUUCUAUAAUACACAAUAUGUUUAAGGAUAUAAAGAUUUAACAAAAUGCCAGCAAAACAGUAAUGCUGCUUUAAAAUAUGUGAAUUGUACUUUUAACUAAUGCCUACAAAAUAAAUAAAUAAAUAAAUAAACAAGUGAACACUGAAAGGGAUAAUUUUGUAAUCCUGUAAUUCGAUUUUACAACUUAGAAGAUGAUGCACAAUAUUUUAAGUGUUAGAUGAUUCCAAUUGUUAUUUUUAUUUUUAUUUUUGAUUGUAAUAUCCACAAUAUCUUAGAAAAUUCCACAAUGUCAUGAUUGUUCACAAUAUUGAAAUGAUACCUCAAUUCCGCCUAAAAGAACAAUUUAGCCAAAAAUAACAUUUACAUAAAAUAUAGUCGAUCAGCCAUAAUAAAAGAAAUCUAUCUGUCACAAAAUUUUUCCGUAAACAUAUGCACAAAAACCUUCAUAUACUUGUUUUAAAUGACAACAUUGCACUAAAUAAUCAUAUUUUUAACAUAUUUAUUUAGUA